AUGGAACAGUUCAAAGGUCAAGCUCGGCUCCCGAAAUUCGCUGUCCCGAAAAGCUACGGCAUACGCCUCAAACCUGACCUCACCGCCUGCAAGUUCGCCGGCUUCGUCUCUAUCGACCUCGAUGUAGUCGACCACACCAAGUUCAUCGUCCUCAAUGCCGCCGAGCUUUCUGUCGACUCUGGCUCCGUAUCUUUCACCACCCGAGGCACUUCUAAGGUGUUGGAGCCUUCAAGGAUUGAUUUGGUUGAGGAAGACGAGAUUUUGGUUUUGGAGUUCGCCGAGACACUUCCGAUCGGGAUCGGGCUUCUGAGGAUCGGGUUUGAAGGAACUUUGAAUGACAAAAUGAAGGGAUUCUAUAGAAGUACAUAUGAGCAUAAUGGUGAGAAGAAAAAUAUGGCUGUUACACAGUUUGAACCAGCUGAUGCUAGGCGAUGCUUUCCAUGUUGGGAUGAACCUGCUUGCAAGGCUACAUUCAAAAUCAUAUUAGAUGUGCCAUCUGAACUAGUAGCACUUUCCAACAUGCCAAUUAUUGAAGAAAAAGUGGAUGGUCAUCUGAAAACGGUUACAUAUCAAGAAUCGCCAAUAAUGUCUACAUAUUUGGUUGCAGUUGUUGUUGGUUUGUUUGAUUAUGUGGAAGAUCACACAUCUGAUGGUGUCAAGGUUCGAGUAUACUGUCAGGUUGGUAAGGCAAAUCAAGGGAAAUUUGCACUGCAUGUUGCUGUCAAGACACUUGAAUUAUACAAAGAAUACUUUGCCGUGCCUUACUCUCUUCCUAAAUUGGACAUGGUUGCAAUCCCCGAUUUUGCUGCUGGGGCUAUGGAGAAUUACGGUUUAGUUACAUACCGUGAAACGGCUUUGCUUUACGAUGAUCAGCAUUCUGCAGCUGCCAAUAAGCAGAGGGUUGCGACUGUCGUAGCCCAUGAACUGGCACACCAAUGGUUUGGCAAUCUUGUAACAAUGGAAUGGUGGACUCAUUUGUGGCUGAAUGAGGGGUUCGCAACAUGGGUUAGCUAUUUAGCAACUGAUAGCUUAUUCCCGGAGUGGAAUAUAUGGACUCAGUUUCUUGAUGAAUCUACAGCCGGUCUUAGACUGGAUGGACUUGCAGAGUCCCAUCCAAUUGAGGUAGAGAUAAAUCACGCUGGUGAGAUAGAUGAAAUUUUUGAUGCAAUAAGUUACAGAAAAGGUGCAUCUGUGAUCCGGAUGCUGCAAAACUAUCUUGGUGCUGAAUGCUUUCAGAGGUCACUAGCGGCAUAUAUAAAGAGAUAUGCUUGCUCAAAUGCAAAGACAGAAGAUUUGUGGGCUGCCCUUGAGGAGGGAUCCGGUGAACCUGUCAACAAGUUGAUGAAUUCAUGGACAAAGCAAAAAGGAUACCCAGCUGUCUCUGUCAAAGUCGAAGAUCAGAAAUUGGUGUUUGAUCAGUCUCAAUUUUUGUCAAGUGGUUCCCAAGGGGAUGGGCAAUGGAUUGUCCCAAUAACAUUGUGCUGUGGCUCAUAUGAUAUGCGAAAGAGUUUUCUACUUCAAUCAAAAUCUGAAACUCUUGAUAUCAAGGAAUUUCUGAAGGAUAAAACUGAUGCAGCCUCUACUUGGAUAAAACUUAAUGUGGAUCAGGCUGGUUUCUAUAGGGUGAAAUAUGAUGAGGAUCUUGUGGCUAGGCUCAGAUAUGCAAUAGAGAAGAAAUUCUUAUCUGCAACAGACAGAUUUGGCAUUCUAGACGAUUCAUUUGCGCUUUGUAUGGCUCGCCAACAGUCUUUGACCUCAUUGCUUACUUAUGGGGCUUACAGGGAGGAACUUGAUUACACCGUUCUGAAUAAUUUGAUUAGUAUAAGUUUUAAAAUUGCUAGAAUUGUGGCUGAUGCAGUCCCUGAGUUACUAGACUACGUUAAACAAUUUUUUAUUGGCCUUUUCCAGAAUUCUGCUGAGAGGCUUGGUUGGGAGCCUAAGCCAGGUGAGAGCCAUCUAGAUGCAAUGUUAAGAGGAGAUCUUUUGACUGCCCUUGCUAUAUUUGGACAUGAUCUGACACUAAGUGAAGCAAGUAGGCGUUUUCAGUCAUUCUUAGAAGACAGAAAUACACCACUCCUCCCUCCCGACAUAAGAAAGGCAGCAUAUGAGGCUGUAAUGCGAAGAGUCAGCACCUCAGAAAGAUCGGGUUAUGAAUCUCUUCUGAGAGUUUACCGAGAGACUGAUUUGAGCCAGGAGAAAACACGCAUUCUAAGUUCAUUAGCUUCUUCUCCAGAUCCCAACAUAACCCUUGAAGUUCUGAACUUUUUGUUAUCUUCUGAGGUUCGUAGCCAAGAUGCUGUUUAUGGACUCAGUGUUAGUAUGGAAGGACGUGAAACAGCUUGGAAGUGGCUGAAGGAUAACUGGGAGCAUAUUUCAAAAACCUGGGGUUCCGGAUUUCUAAUAACUCGCUUUGUCAGUGCUAUUGUCUCUCCGUUUGCUUCAUUCGAGAAGGCCAAGGAAGUAGAGGAGUUUUUUGCAAGCCGUAGUAAGCCCUCCAUUGCUAGAACCUUGAAGCAGAGCAUUGAGCGAAUUCACAUAAAUGCAAAUUGGGUUGAGAGUGUCCAGAAUGAGAAGCAUCUUGCCGACGCUGUCAAGGAAUUGGCUUACAGGAAGUACUAAGAGACACUUGUUUGGCCUUUGUUCUUGAGACGACUGGCAAGUGGAUCAAAUUUCACAGUUUCAUGACUUAAAAUCUGCCAGAACAAAGGGGUUGACAAUAAUGAAACAGGGACAUGGGCAAACACAUUAAUCUAUUAAGAUACAUCUUUUGGAGUUGGAUCUUUCUAAUAAUAACUUAUGCCUUAUUUUUCCUUCA